GCAGCCCCGCGCGUCCGGCCGCCGCCCGCGCCCAGCGAGCAGCCGCGCCCGCGCCACCCGCGGGACAGCCCCGGCCGCGGCGCGCCCGGCCCGGCCCGGCCCGGCCCGGCCCAGCCCAGCCCCGGCACCGGGCGGCCCGGCGGCCGGCCCGCCCCCGAGGGCGCCGGGCGCGGCGGGAGGAUGCCGAAGCCGACGCUGCUGCUGCGCGGGGGCUGGGAGCGCGAGCGCAGCCCCGGGGACUCGGAGCUGGGCCGCCAGUUCCGGGACUGGUGCCUGCGCACCUACGGCGACUCGGCCAAGACCAAGACGGUGACGCGCAGCAAAUACCAGCGGAUCGCCGAGGUCCUGCAGGGCGGCGGCGGGACCGGCGCGGGCAGCGGCCCCGCGGCCGGCGAGAAAGGCAAGUUCCAGUUCUGGGUGCGCUCCAAGGGCUUCCGCCUGGGCAGCGGCCGGGAACCCAAGAUGGGCCAAGUGGUGUAUGUGCCGGUCAAGACGGGCUCGGGGGCAGAUGGCCUGUCGGAGCCGGAGGGCAUCUCUCUGAAGCGGGUCGCUGUGGUGGAAGAUUUCUUUGACAUCAUCUACUCGAUGCAUGUGGAGAGCUCAGCGGAGCCAGGCAAAGCCCCCAAGCACGCUGGGCAGAAGAAAACCUACCGAGCGAUUGCAGAGACCUACGCCUUCCUUCCUCGAGAGGCUGUGACCCGGUUCCUGAUGAGCUGCACGGAAUGUCAGAAGAGGAUGCACUUUAAUUCCAAUGGCCUGGAGCCCAAAGAAAACGAGCCUCCCUCGCCUCUGGUCUCCGGGAUUAUCGAUUACAACAUGCCUCUUACCUCCACGUACCUGAAGCAGAUGAAGUUGCGUGUGAUGAAUUCCCAGGAGCAGGAUGAAACUUCUGUGAGCAGUGAAGAUUUUGAUAUGAACGACUCCACAUGGAUGUCAGCUGACCCACACCUGGCCUCCAGCCUGAGUCCCAGCCAGGACGAGAGGAUGCGGAGCCCGCAGAACCUCCACAGCCAAGAGGAUGAUGACUCCUCCUCCGAGAGUGGCAGUGGCAAUGGCUCCUCUACCCUGAACCCGUCCACAUCCAGCAGCACGCAGGGCGACCCGGCCUUCCCCGAGAUGAACGGCAACGGCGCUGUGGCCCCCAUGGACUUCACAGCCACCACGGAGGACCAGCCCAUCAACCUGUGUGACAAGCUCCCACCAGGAACGGCGCUCAGCACACCCUCCUAUCCCUCGGAUGGCUGCGGCACAGAUGGGCUGCGGAGCCGCGUCAAGUACGGAGUGAAGACCACCCCUGAGUCUCCCCCCUAUAGCUCAGGAAGCUACGAUUCCAUCAAAACCGAGGUCAGUGGCUGCCCUGAGGACCUGACAGUGGGCCGGGCCCCCCCAGCAGAUGACGAUGACGACGACCACGAUGACCACGAGGACAAUGACAAGAUGAACGACUCUGAGGGCAUGGACCCCGAGCGCCUCAAGGCCUUCAACAUGUUUGUGCGUCUCUUUGUGGACGAGAACCUGGACCGCAUGGUGCCCAUAUCCAAGCAGCCCAAGGAGAAGAUCCAGGCCAUCAUCGAGUCCUGCAGCCGGCAGUUUCCUGAGUUCCAGGAGCGGGCCCGCAAGCGCAUUCGCACGUACCUCAAGUCCUGCCGUCGCAUGAAGAAGAACGGCAUGGAGAUGACCAGACCCACACCUCCCCACCUGACCUCGGCCAUGGCAGAAAACAUCCUGGCAGCUGCCUGUGAGAGCGAGACGAGAAAAGCAGCCAAAAGGAUGCGCCUGGAGAUCUACCAGCCCUCGCAGGACGAGCCCAUAGCCCUAGACAAGCAGCACUCCCGGGACUCUGCAGCCAUCACCCACUCCACCUACUCACUGCCAGCCUCCUCCUACUCCCAGGACCCUGUGUAUGUCAACGGUGGCCUCAAUUACAGUUACCGCGGUUACGGGGCCUUGGGCAGCAACCUGCAGCCCCCUGCCUCCCUCCAAACAGGAAAUCACAGUAAUGGGCCCACAGACCUCAGCAUGAAAGGUGGGGCCUCCACCACCUCCACAACGCCCACGCCCACACCCUCCAGCAACAGCACCAGCAGGACCAUGCCCACCGCCCAGCUCAGCCCCACGGAGAUCAGCGCUGUGCGGCAGCUCAUCGCCGGUUACCGAGAGUCCGCCGCCUUCCUGCUGCGCUCUGCAGACGAACUGGAAAACCUCAUUUUACAGCAGAACUGACCCCAGCGGCACCUGGAGUGCACUGCCCUAGGGGAAGGAGGUUGUUCUGCCCUGGACCUGGCUUCCUGCCUCACCAGUUGGUACAUUUUGAUUUUUGAAAGAGGUGGGAUCCAAAAGAGCUGUUUCUAGCCACACUCCAAGCACCUGAGACUUUGGGCACAAGGACACUUUUUUUUUGGAAUCUCACCACACGGGUGCUCUGACCUGCUUGGAAGAGGCCAGUGGAGCAGCUUUGGAAGGGCUGGGACUCCCCUGACAAGUGCUGGGGCCGCAGCUCUAUUUAGAAUCAUCUUCGUGGACCCUGAUGUUAGAAUCCCACCCCCAGAUAAUUACCUUUCAAGUCUUAGGUGAGCAGAAUUGCAUAUUUAUUGAGAAAAACAAAGUGGACCCUUUCUUCCUCUCCCCUUAGUAAUUUAUUUUUCUGAAAAUGGAUUCUUUUGUGUUUGUACAGAUUGCCAGUCUGUGUCUGUCUGAUCAGAAGGAUAUAUAUCCCUGUGACCUAACAUUCCAUAUCACUACACUGGCGAGGGCGGGGUGGGGUGGGGCGGGUGCCGGGCUGGCUGUCCCUCUUGAUUGCUCAGCACCGCCAAGUAGGAGGACCUCACCCACACCCACUGCAAAGCAAAAACAAACUGCUCCCCCCACUCCACAUAAGCCCCAGUCACACGGUCACCUGUAUUCUACCUCACACUCCAGCAUGGGCUUUUUCCAGGAUGUGCCCUGAGCCUGUUCUGAAUGGCAGUCUCCCCAACUCCCUCAACACGAUGUGUCUGCCUGGGAGGUAAGUCCAGAUAGGUGACCAGGAGCUGGAGCCUAGGGAGGGCCCGUCCCUUAUAAGCAGCAGCUUGCAGUCCCCUGACCCCAGACCUCUCUCGGCUGCUGGGAGACCGCAACCAAUCUGCAGGACCCUGCCCCCAGGGAGCCAGGUCCAAACACUUCUGUGCACAGCCCCAGUGCCCACAGACACCUGCAGGGAAGGACCCGUGUCUUCAGGGUAAGCCCCUGGCUGUUAGGCAGCCACCAAACAGGAAAGAAAGCUUUGAGACCUGGGAAGACUGCAGCUCUCGACCCCUGCCCCCGUGGUUAGAGUAAAGGGACCAUCAACAGUAGUGGAGAAGCCACUUGGGUUCUACUAGGAUAGCCUUCCUCUGGGAGGACCAGUCCCAGAAGAAACCCAUAAUCCCUGGAGUGUGAAAACAGGCAAAAAGAAAAAGCCGGCCUGGUUUCCUUCCUCCCUGAUAGGCACUUCCUCUUGCUCAGUGCAAUACCUUACCAGUGCUGCUAAAACCAGGGAUUCGCCCAGACCUCAGAAGGCCCACAGGGCCUCUCCGAGCAACACUCCGUAGCCAUGGCAGCAGCUGUCUGCUGCCCGCCCCUGCCCAGAGCUGGCAGAAGCCCUCUGUUGCCUUUCCUCCCUCAGAGCAAAGAGGCCCCAGGGGAGCCAGGGCCAAGUGGACCCUAGGACAGCCACAGAGCCACUUGAUCCCAGAGCAGGCACCCCUUCCCAAACCAGCUUUUCUGCAGCCAACUGCCUCCUGGCACUGGCAGACCCUCAGGAGGAGUGGGGAAAGGGCUCUAAUGUGGAUGCCCCCAACCCUGCCUCAGACCCAUGACUGAGCUGUGGGCCCCAGAUCCAGAACCUGCAAGGUAGGAUGUCCCACCCCAUGCUUAAGUUUCAGCCACAGGAGGUUGGGGGUGGUCUUAUUUCUCAAGUGGCCUCCAACAUCCCACCCAGCCACACCACCUCUGCCUUCCAUCCCGGGCCUCUGUCAGGACCAGGACACCCAAGACUUGCCCUUAACACAGCACAAAGUCCAGUGCCCAAGGCCCCUUCCACACCCCCGCCAUCAACACGUCCAGCCCCCACCUGCUCAGUACCACCCCCGGAUGUUUGAACUUUGUGUAAAUAUUUAUUUUUGUGUGUGAACAAUACUACAAAGUAAUCAGUAGAUCCUUUGCAAAAUGUUACCCCAGGCAAUUUGUGAAAAUCUUAAAUGUUAAAAACUGGCAGAGACAAUCGCCGCCUUAGAAUUCUUGACAACAAUUGCUUAAUAUGUCAUCUCUCCUCCCGGAGACAGGACCCAGCCCAGGCACAAACGGUUCUAAUUUCUUAACAGACAGGAGUGAGAAAGACUGGGGGAAGGAGCUUUCAUCACCAACCCACACGAGGGAUUUCUAGAUCUAAAGAUCAGUAUAAGCUACAGUUUGAAGUCAUGUUAUUCCAAGUUCAAGCUGUCCUGACCGACCACCUUCAGCCUGCCUUAGUACUGCAGCGAGAGUGUAGGUUUAAAUUUUAAAGAGAAAGGAAAGGAAUGCCAGUGGUAAAAGUCCAUGGGGGCUCCCAGUGGCCCAUCCAGGACAGAUUCUGCCGUGUUGACCCCACCUCUUGGUGGGCUCCUUCCCAGUGAAGCUACACAUGAAGCCCUGGUAAUGGCAGAAUCAGGAGCAAGUUACUAUGUGGAAACAGGUUUCAAUUAGCUAGUUCAGUCAGGGAACUUGUUCUGUUUUGCUUUUGUUUUAAAAGAUGCAGCUUCAACCCUUCCCUCUCCUGACUUGGAGAGCACCAAAGAGCUGGUUCUGCUGAACCCAGCUCAUUGCCGUCCCGCCUUCACCCCAGGGACUGCCUUCUCCCAAAGGGAGCUUCCAAAGCCCUGAUCCACAGCCAUUUAAAAUUCACAUGGAGGGCCUCAGGGCACACAAUUAUUUGGGAUCCUAAGGUAAAAGACCACAGUAGAAUACACCAAUUCCAGGGUCUUUGCAGAGGGCUAAUCCCACCAGAAGGAACGACUCACAGAAAUGGGAAUUUGGUUUUAGUGGUGGAUCUAAUAGACCAGUAAUAGUGUAACCCAUCUGAAAUUCAUUUUACUGUCACCACUAGUAGAAAGGGGCAGUUUAUACCCAAGAACAGUGUUGAGGGGGAGGGGAACAGGUAGGGGAUUAGGAAGGUUUUAGAGGACUUCAACAGGUGGAAACCAGCCACCCCUAGUCCCAAGGGCCACUCAUGACUUCAGGGGCGGUUACAGGAUUAACUACCAGUCCAUUUUCAAAAUGCUGCUUUGAACUCAGAGGGUUGAUACUUUUAAUUUGUAAUUUUUUGUAAAACUUUUUACAAGAUAGUAAAGUAUUUCACCAGAAUACCAGUUUCAAUCCGUCCAUGGUCUGAUUUUUAUAUAAUUUAGUGGUGCUUUAGAAACUUUGUUUUUGUUGUUUCUGAGCUAAAUAGCUCGAUCCUUUUUCGCCUGUAUCUACCUAAGACCAAUGUGAACCUUUGUAUUUUUGCUCCUAAUUUUGGACUCAGUGAAAGUGUACUGUUUACAUGUACAGAUGCCCCAGUCCCUGUGUGUUCUGCAAGACUCUCUCUUGAGGAGGAAGGUGCACCUCACUAAGCUCAUCUGCUUAGCAAAGCCACAAAACAAAACCUCUCUUUUUACCUAUGAUUCCACCUAAAAACAAAACAAAACUUACACCACAUAGAAUUCAGAUUUGCUGAAAAACUUUUAUACGCUCAGAAAAAUCUCUGUGCAGCAGAUGACUGAGAAUAGACUAUUGGCCGCUGGGUGGGUAACUGCAUGGACACACAAGACAUGAAAUGAAAGCAGGACUUUGCUGCAGAGUUGUGGGAUGGGUCUAAUUCUCCCAGCAGCCUGGGAAUGGAAGGUCAAAGUGAUUUAUGUUAUCUUCCGGGUCAAGCCACCUAGGAUUUAGGAACCCAAGAGGUUGUCCAUCCCCUGGCAUAACAAUAUUUUAAAAGAGCAUCAGUUCCCCAUCUGAGAUGAGAUUUUAAGACUUUUCAGUGCAGAUGGUACAAACAUUUUUCAGGGUUCCCUUGAGGCAGCUCAUUCAUGAGGCAUCACCUCUGGGGAGGGGCUGGAGGGUCCAGACAGCAUAUGGCACUUAAGGCAAACAGUGGAUGGCACCAACUUUUAAAGGUGACUAUUAAUCAAUGGCUUCACCUCUAAAUUAUAUUUUUACAGAUAUGCACCUAUGCAACUUAACGUGGCUCUUCUAAGCAGGUGAGGACUUCCUCCUCAAUGCUCUAUAAAAAUUAUUUGUGUUCUAUAUAGUGAGUUUUUCCAGUAAAUGUGGCUUAAUAUUUUAAUUCUUAGAAUGUGUCUUCUCUAUGUGAUGCAACUAAAUUCUGUUUUGUUUGUGGAAUGACUAGCACAGGCCAACUCCCUCUCCCCUCACUUAACAAAAGACCAAUGAGCUGUUAAUCGAGCUGUUAUCUCCAUGGUAUUACUUGCUAAAUGCACUGAUUUCAUAAGUAUGUGGAAUCCUUUUUCUUUUGAAUCUGUAUAUCAUAUAUAAGACUGAAUCUACUUAAUAAACACUGAAUAACAAA